AUGGCUUGUGGAGUCUUCCUUUCCGGUCUGGUUUUCGUUGUGCUUUCCAGCCUGUCUUCAGCAAGGAAUGGAGAUGUUAAGGCCCAGGAUUCAUGGCUCUGGCAACCCCGGGGGCCUGUUUGGGUCGUCAUAGGGGAAGUUCUCCACCUGAACUGCAAAGUGCAUAACAACUUAAUACCUGGUGGUGUGAAAUGGUUCUUGGGAGAAGGGCCUCAGCGGAAGCUCAUCUAUGCAGACAUCAAGACCGAUGAAAAAGACAAAAGAUUAACAAGGAAUUCUCCAAAUUCCAACACGGAUUUCACCAUCUCCAUCCACAAUGUUACUCUGGAAGAUGCGGGGACUUAUUACUGUGUGAAGGAGAAGAAAGACAUUCAUGGAGAUAAAGAUUGGCUUAAAGGACCUGGGACUCAGGUGGUUGUAGAAGUUUCUAGAGAGAGUAAUCCAAUCAUUCCAAUUGCUGCUGGAGUGUCUAGCUUCAUCCUGGUUUGUUUGUUCUGCGUGGCGCUUUAUGUCUACCUAAAGAUGAAAAAAGGUCUAAGGAGCAGCCAUACAAGGUCUGAGGUCACUUUUCCAGAAAAACAACAACCUUCUAAGCAGACUUCUGGGGAUAAAGAGAUUGUCUACGCUGACCUCAAAGACCCAAGCGGAUUACAGAUUCCUAGAAAAAUCGAUUUGAAAGAGCACUCGGAAUAUGCUACCAUAAAGGGAGCACCACCUGGGGCCGCAGACAAAGGAACUUUUACUUUGCACAGCCUGAAUCCGUGAAACAGAAAACGGAGACGCGAUUGUGGCUGCCUCAUACAGAACCGCAAAAUCGUUUCACACUUUGCAUUUCUGAGCCAAACUGAAACAGAACUUUGACCAGCAAGACUGGCCAAGAUGUUUAAGGAGACAUGUCUGCUAAAUGUUGGAAAUGUA